ACAGGAAUUUAAAUGUAGCUGAGUGAGGUGGUCUGCGGCCUGAUGAUGAAUCCGCGCAUUAUCAAGAGAUAAAUGAUUGUCACAUAUAAAGAAGACGUAGUGUUUGGUAAUAUUUUGGCAUGGUGCAUUUUUGUAUUUCUCGUUAUGAGUAACUGAUAUUUAAAACUACGUACGUCCAAUUCGAGACACUUUUAUGAAGCCAUUACGAUUAGCCCUCAUCUUGGAAACUCACUGUGGUGACAGCUCACACAUGGAGGAAUGCGACACAGAACCUUUACCUGAGGGCGAGACACCACAGAAUCAAGAGCUUAAUAUGGUGAUAAGAGAAUCAACACCGCCAGAGGACAUUGCCUUCAUCAGUGACCAGACCGUUGAGAAGCUGACACAUGGACUUAUAGCUCAUUAUCUACCAGACCUGCAAGACUCCAAGCAAGCACUGCAGGAACUGACACAAAACCAAGUAAUUUUGCUCGACACACUGGACCAGGAAAUAACAAAAUUUAAAGACUGCAAUUCAUUGCUUGAUUUAAAUUCACUGUUCACAGAGGCAAAGAUUUAUCAUACCAAAUUGGUGAACAUACGAAAAGAGAUGAUGAUUCUUCACGAUAAGACAAGUAAACUAAAGAAAAGAGCAUUAAAACUUCAGCAACAGAGACAGAAAGAAGCCCUGGAGAAAGAACAACAGCGUGAGAAGGAGCUGGAGCGAGAACGGCUACUUAUUGCCAAGCCUGCAAAAAGAACAUAAAGAGAUUCAUGCCAGACCACACCAGUGACAAGACAUCUGUAUGAGGCUACUGGGCCAAUCAACUGACCUCUGUAUUUACAAAAGGACUUUAAUUCCUCGAUAGCCACGGGGGGACAGAGGCCGUUCUUACUUUUAGUUUAAUUUAUUGGGGGGGGGGGGCAUUAAUCCCUUCUCUGUAACAUCUUACAACAUAGGAUGCACCAGCUAAUGUACUUGCAUUUCAUAUGUGAACUGAAAUGACACAAACAUGAAGUGACCGGUUAGAGCAACAAUGAACAUUUAAAGUGAACGUGACAUUGAACGUGACAUUAUCACAAAUCACGAAAAUGGCCCAUAUGGGAUACCUAUAGGUUUAUCAGAGACUGUUUUGGUGAUGCUUCCAUUCUGUAGCUCAACUAUGCUGGAGGCCAGAUUUCAGAUCUUGUUUGUGGUGUCUCUCGAACUCCAAAACAUGCAUGGUGUUUGGGCUACGUGAAAUCAUAGAGCACAAUGUGAAAUGAUUGUAUUUGUCUGAAAAGGUAAUAAAGUUGAUUCAAAUGUU